AUGACCGAGGGCGAGCGCCGGCGCCGAAGGCCAGCUGUGUCUUGCUUGCUCUGUAGGAGACGCAAGAUUAAAUGUAAUCGGGAAACCCCAUGCAGCAACUGUGUACGGACGAGGAACGAGACAUGCGUGUACGAGAACCAUGAUUCACCGGCUCCGCCGCAACGUCUUGGCCAUAACCAAGCAGGCCAGAUUAUCUUGGGGCGGCAACCCAAGGGGUUAGAUCAUGCUAUGUCUUUUGAAAGUAGUAGGCCGUCGACAAUUCUGAGCCAUCAGUCGAGCUCGUUCGCAGAUAGCCCGAGUGCUCCGACCGUUGCCACCCAUAUAUCCAUUCAGGAAGUCCAGGCCAUGAAGAGCAGGAUCCAAGAACUUGAAGAACAGCUAGAUAAAGCAACACGAGGUUCAACUCAACCCUCAGUGCCGAGUCCUGAUUCUAAUAUAGAAAUUGUUUCGACUCAAAUAACUGGGGUAAUCCACGUACAGCAUGACCAUCCUUUGGCUGUCACUCGUCGUGCGAUUCACAAGUCUCGCAUGCUAGGCCAGAGUUACUGGAUCAUUGGACUUGUUGCAUCGCUUCGGGACAUCUUUGAUGCAAUUGAUCCACUUGUCCGAGAAGAAUCGGCGCUUUUCCCGGGCGUACAGAAGUGCAAAGCCCUGGCAAGGAUAAUAAAGUCACGGCGCGCGCCCAAGUGGCCCUCGCCACUAAGCACCGAUCUACCACCAAAAGACCUUGCUGACAAGCUCGUGGACUGUUACCUUCAGACUACCGAGACCAUCUAUCCGAUUCUGCAUGUUCCGAGCUUCAGGAGAGACUACGAAGCGUUAUGGUCGCCGACUAGUGAGCAUAAAACGGCGUUUCUUGUUCAGGUCAAGCUUGUGCUUGCUAUUGGAGCCACAACUUACGAUGAACACUUUUCCCUACGCUCUCUCGCCGUUAAGUGGGUAUAUGAGGCACAGACCUGGCUUGCAGAGCCCGAGUACAAGUCCCGAUUCAGCAUUCAGGCUGUGCAGAUCCAUCUCUUGCUUUUACUUGCUCGGGAGGCGGCUGGUAUAGGCCCCACACUGAUAUGGAUCUCCUUUGGCGAGCUCCUGAGAACAGCAAUACAUAUGGGGUUGCACAGAGACCCUACCGGUCUACCAAAGGGGCCAUUCCUUGCCGCAGAGAUGCGCCGCAGGCUAUGGAACACAAUCCUGGAAAUCAGUCUGCAAACAAGCAUGACCUGCGGUGGACCACUGUUGAUGACUUCGGAUGACUUUGAUACGGAGCCUCCCAGCAAUUUCGAUGAUGAACAGCUCAUUGAGGGAAACUCCUCCGAGGAUCCCGCUCCAAACCCAGACAGCAAAUUCACGCGCGUGACCAUUGCAAGAACACUUCGAAAGACGUUCCCGCUCCGCGCCGCGAUCGUCAAAUUUCUCAACGACAUGAACUCCCACGGAACGUACGAGGAAACACUUCGACUUGACGCCCAGCUAAGAGCCUCAUACAAGGAUCUAUGCCAAACUCUGCAAGCAUUCCGCUCUAAUACCGGACCCUCUCCCUCUCAAUUUGCCAUCCGUGCCGUUGAUUUUCUCAUGCAUCGCUACCUGUCGUCCCUCCACCUCCCCUUCUUCUUCCCCGCCAUGCACGAAACAUCCUAUGCCUAUUCCCGCAAAGUGACAGUAGACAUAUGUCUCAAGAUGUGGCGCUCAGCCUACCAGCCCCCGUCUCUUCCGUCAUCGGACAAGUUCGCUCGAUUCGUGGCCUGCGGAUCCGGGCUCUUCCGCACCGUGGCCAUGCAAGCAAGCAUAGCCAUCGCCGUCGAGCUGAAAGCCCAACUCCAGGAAGACCAAGGUCUCAGUCCCGCGCCCCUCCGACCGGACCUCCUCUGCGUGAUCGACGAAGCGAAAGCCUGGUGCUUGCAGUGUAUCGAAGCCGGAGAGACUAAUAUCAAGGGAUACCUGGUUCAGAGUUUACUUGUCGCGCAAAUCCGCGGCAUGAUGCAGGGUAUCAGCAAGGCGGAGCUUCCGAAUGUAUUGGUUGGGGCUGCGGAGGAAGCUGAAGAGGAAGCUUUGGCUGUUCUUACGGAGAAAGUGUCCCAGGAUGGGGAUGUAUCCAUGGAUACGUCUCCUUCGAACGUGGCUUCGGAUCUGAUUGAGGACUGGGAUUUUGAUCUCAUGAUGGCGGAUACGAUGUUCAAUUCUGAUGAUUCGGACCCGAUGAAUUGGGUGUUUCCUGUUGACGUUAUGCAGGAGUCGCUGAUUUCGUGA